AUGAGAAUUCUCAACACCCCUCUCAUACCAGAGCAGAUGGAAUCCGCCCAGCGGUCUCCCUCGCCUGAGUUCUCGCCCUUGGCGAUCGGCGAAGAUCUUACUCCGCUGCCCGCCUACAAAGCCGCACAAACCUCGUCCUUCGACAUCGCCGGUCUCCUUUCCACCCCUCUCAAACUCCACGAGGACCUCGCAUCCGGAUGCGGUGGUCAAACAUGGCCUGCAGGCAUGGUGCUAACGAAGCACAUGCUGCGUUACCGUCGGGAAGCUCUGAAGGGAGCGAGAAUACUAGAACUGGGUGCCGGCGGCGGACUCGUCGGAUUGGCUGUCGCUCUUGGUUGUGACCUGCAGCAAAAGCCUCUGUAUCUCACAGACCAAGACGAAAUGUUCGAACUCAUGGGAAAGAACACCAAACUGAACAACCUCGACGGAACGGUCAAGCCAAUGAUCCUGAAUUGGGGCGAGCCGCUACCACAAGAAGUCGUUGACUACAAGCCGAACGUCAUCCUCGCCGCCGACUGCGUUUAUUUUGAGCCUGCCUUCCCGUUGCUGUUGGAGACAUUGACCAACCUGCUGACACUGGAACCCGACGCCACGGUUUAUUUCUGCUUCAAGAAGAGAAGACGUGCGGACAUGCAAUUCCUCAAGAAGGCACAGAAGACUUUCCAGGUGAAAGAAAUUAUCGAUGAAGACCGCCCGGUAUUUAGCAGGCAAGGCCUGUUCCUGUACACCUUUGAGAGCAAGAAGCCGACGGCCAAUGGGGCUCGGCAGUGA